UCUCCCGGCGUCUGAGCGAGCCAGGCAACUCUUGGUAUUUUUUUUUUUUAACAUAACUCGUGGAUUCGAACGUGGCUGCGCUCCGAGCGCGGCGGGAGACUUGUAGGACUCCAGCCCUGGAGGUGGCCACCGCGCACGCCCUUGGGAGAUUCGGCGGGGUGCGGGCGCGGGGCGCUCUGUUUGAGCCGCGGCUGGGUCGAAGGCUGGUUUGGAGGGCGGUACCCGGAGAACCAAUUUAGGAUUUUCUGUGAACAGCAUGGAGGAAAAUGACCCCAAACCCAGCGAAGCGGCGGCGGUGGAGGGGCAGCGGCAGCCGGAAUCCCACCCCAGCGGCGGCUCUGGCGGCGGUGGCUGCAGCCCCGGCGACGCGGACACUGGGCGCCGGCGGGCUCUGAUGCUGCCCGCAGUCCUGCAGGCGCCAGGCAACCACCACCAGCACCCGCACCGCAUCACCAACUUCUUCAUCGACAACAUCCUAAGGCCGGAGUUCGGCCGCCGAAAGGACGCGGGAACGUGCUUUGCGGGCGCGGGAGGAGGAAGAGGCGGCAGCGCGGGCGGUGAAGGCGGUGCGAACGGUGCGGAGGGAGGCGGCAGCGCGGGUGAUGCGGAGCACCACCUCUUGGGGUCCGGCUCCCGGGAGCCCCGGCAGAACCCGCCCUGUGCACCUGGCGCUGGCGUGCCGCUACCCGCCGGUGGCAGCGACUCCUCGGGUGAUGGGGAAGGCGGGUCCAAGACACUCUCGCUGCACAGCGGGGCCAAGAAAGUCAGCGACCCCGGAGGCCCCCUGGACGGGGCGCUCAAGGCCCGCGGCUUGGCCGGCGGCGACCUGUCGGUGAGCUCCGACUCGGACAGCUCGCAGGCCAGCGCCAACCUGGGCGCGCAGCCCAUGCUCUGGCCGGCCUGGGUGUACUGUACGCGCUACUCUGACCGGCCUUCUUCAGGUCCCAGGUCUCGAAAACCAAAGAAGAAGAACCCGAACAGAGAGGACAAGCGUCCGCGCACAGCCUUCACCGCGGAGCAGCUGCAGAGGCUCAAGGCUGAGUUCCAGACCAACAGGUACCUGACAGAGCAGCGGCGCCAGAGCCUGGCGCAGGAGCUCAGCCUCAACGAGUCACAGAUCAAGAUUUGGUUCCAGAACAAGCGCGCCAAGAUCAAGAAGGCCACAGGCAACAAGAACACGCUAGCUGUGCACCUCAUGGCGCAGGGCCUGUACAACCACUCCACCACGGCCAAGGAGGGCAAGUCGGACAGCGAGUAGGGCAGCGGGUGGGUCCCAGAGUCAGCUCAGUCCGUGCUGAACAAUGCAAUAAUUUAAAAUCAUAAAUAAAGGGCCAGUGUAUAAAGAUUAUACCAGCAUUAAUAGUGAAAAUAUCGUGUAUUAGCUAUGGUUCUGCAAUAUUCUAUGUAUAUAUAAUUUACAGGUGGUAUAAAAUCCAAAAAUCUGACUAUAAAAUAUUUUUUG